UUCAUUUAAUGCUUGCACUUCGCAGAGACAGCACGUCUCUUUACGAGUCCAACAGAUAUACUAUUUAACGAAUUCACGCAUUUUGUUUAUGCCCGUCAAAGGUCAUAAACGUAUUGAAUAUAACCAGACGUUGCCCAGUGCGACCACACGUGGGAAUCGCAAAUCGUGCGUCCAUACAUUGCCAGAGGAUGGCGAAACACAUGUUCCAAGACCUCCCGCCAGGGGUCGCCCUAACAAGGAUUCGACAUGUAAGAUCGCAAAUCGCAACCACGUGUCUUCAAGGCCGAGUGUGGAGGUCAAAGACAAAGGUCACUUGGAUCCAUCGACCUCGCCAAUCGAUAGGACACCUUCUACAGGGAACAUUGAAGCGUUGUUCGGUAGACUAAGCGAAAUCGAGCAGAUGGUGAUAAAUGUCGCCCUCCAUGAAAUUUAUUCGAAGUGCCUGUUCAACAAACGGUCCGCAGAAAUAUUACGGAAUCGGUAUUCCAUGUACGCGGUACCUCUGAUGGCUCCGCUACAGUCCAGGUCAUUAACCUCUAUGAAAGAAUAUGUCCAAAAGACAAGACAAUAUUGUAAGCCUGAUCCGAAAGACAUACAUUCGAAAUGUCAAUCGAAAAUUAAAAUACGUCAUACAAAAAAAUCGGCUCAUGCAAAAGAAGAGAUGCUCAAUAAAAGAAGAGACAAUGCCAAAAAUCCAAAACCAACGAAGAAAAACAUGAGCGUUACGUGCAGCAAGGAUCUUCGUAACAACAGCGUUCGCCAGCAAUCAGGUCAAAAACAAGGUAUUCAAAAUGCAGAGGCCGAAGUCUUUUCAAGAGAAGCCCCGUCUGAGCAACAGAACCCAAUGAAGAAUAGACAAAGGCAAAAGUCUGCACGGGUGAAGAGAAUGUUGUCGGAGGACGAUUCUAGUUCGUGUAUUUUUGCCAUGUUGCCAAAAGAUUCCAUUGAAUAUGUGCGUCAUGAGUCCGCCUGUGCCAAGUGUAGUCCUUAUGCCAAAAACGGGAAAUUACCUGCAGGGGAACGAACAAAACGCAGCGAAUCUACGUCCACCCGAGUAGCUAAACCAAAGACAUCCGUGGAAGAAAGUCUUAAAUGCACUCCCACACCACCAAAACAACGGAACCCACAGCAAACGAUAACUCGUACAAACAGAGCUAGACGAAUUGUGAAAAAGCCUGACAAUUCAGAAGAAAAAUCAUUCAAAGGUUAUUGUUCUCCUCAAGAUGGCGACGCACUCUCUCCAGUAGAUAGCAACUCUACCAUUUUAACCAUUAAGAACAUAUGCACGGAGGGUUCUUCAGUGUCCGCAGGUUCUUCAACAGCAAGUGCAACCUUGUUAGCUGCCUCAUCAAGUUUCAUCAAUGCCACUCCGUUAUCAGAACGAUAUGAAGAAGAUCUUUUAAGUAAAGAACAGCUUAACACACCGAGUCCUUUAUAUUCAGUCGUGCCUGGAGAACAAGAUGAGCAUUGCACUUGCUGCAAAUGCAAAUCUAGUAUUGAACGUCGUUCAUAUGGCGUGCAAACCGAGUUGGAAGUUGACGAUUGCGCUACACAAUGUGACGAUGUCGAAAUCGAACCGAAGCCCUUGGAGAUGAAAUCAGUAUGUGGUGCCAGUGCGACUGAAAGUCAAGGAAACGCGGGGGUAACUGUUGACGGAAUAGCCAAUACCACCAGCUCAUCGAAACUCGUGCAAACCGAGUUGGAAGUUGACGAUUGCGCUACCCAAUGUGACGAUGUCGACAUCGAUCCGAAGCCCUUCGAGAUGAAAUCCGGAAAUGGUGCCAGUACGACUGAAAGUCAAGGAAAGGCGGGGGUAACUGUUGACGGAACAGCCAAUACCACCAGCUCAACGAAAGAUGUAGAAGAACAGUUCGAGGAAAAGCACAGUGAAAAGUACAUCGGACAAGGCGAGGAAAAAAGGGAGGAAAAAUGCAAUGAAAAGUCCGAUGAGGCUUUAGAAUGCGUGCACAUCGUCGACAUCAAUAGCUCUAAAAUCACUGUCCCGACGGACACGGUCGACUUCUACGCUACAGAGGUUACCACGACGAUUUUUCAUCACGUGAAAUUUGUCGUGACACCUUCUAGUUGGUCGCACACAAGUCUGCAUGACGACGACGAUGAUAUUAUCUUCGGAAACAAUAAUCUAUUAGAGCUAUGCUCACCGACAGUCGAUGAAGCCAUUGCCAAGGGGCGGCCUUUUGAAAUAAUUGACUCCACUCCUGAUCCACCUGACAAUUCCGAGCGGAUCAAGAUCUGGACUGAACCACCUGUUCCGGAUAUGACAGAAGAGUGCUCGUAUGAUGGCGAUUUACAGUUCCUUGAUAUGCACCAGAAUCUGCAGCGCAUCGCUACUGCCGUUCUUCAGUAUACCGAAAACAUGGACGCUGGUAAAAAAGAUGAAAUCAGUCAUCAGACCAUGCAUAACGGAACCGAUGAAGCUUGUGUUAGCAAAUCGACGUUUGGCGCUAUGAAAGAUCUAGACCCAUACACUGUUACAAGGCAAGACAACUUUGAUUAUGACGAUGAUGACGACAUCAUGAUUGGCGAAACACGCGACAAAAACGAAACCGCCGAACCCUUACCGCUCGCUAUUCCGGAAAAAGUCUGUCAGUACAAAGAACAGGUUGAACGUGAUUCGGUCGUACAUGAUUCUGCAAAAUACGAAUGUAGCGCGCCAGAAAUUACUGAAUCUGUGGCUCCAAAGCUAGAGACAGUCGCUCCGCAGAUCGCUGGAAUGUCCAUCCCAACCAAAAAAUAUCUUCUCGCAGACACCUCUGAAAAGGCUUGCAUGGAUCCCGCAAAUAGCACGCCAGAUAUCGUUGAAACGGCUUCACGUAACAGCUGGAGUACUGGUCCCGACGUCCUUAACACUCGUGUUGCUCCACACACUGUAAAAACAGAUGGGUGCUCGUAUGGUGGUUAUUUACGAUUCAUUAAUCUGCACCAUAAUCUGCAGCGGAUUGCUACUGCCGUUCUUCAGUAUGCCGAAAAUAUGGACGCUGGUAUAAAAGGCGAAUUUAGUCAUCAGACCAGGCAUAACGGAACCGAUGAAGCUUGUGUUAGCAAAUCGACUUUUGGCGCUAUGAAAGAUCUCCACCCAUACACUGUUACAAGGUACCGGGGGCGAGACAGCAUUGAUCCUGACGAUGAGGACGAUAUCAUGAUUGGCGAAACACGUGACAAGAACGAAACCGCCGAAACCAACCCACCCGAUAUUCCGGAAGAAGCCUGUCAGUCCAAAGAACAGGUUGAACCUGAUGCGGGCGAGAAGGAUUCUGCAAAAUGCGAAUGCAGAGCGCCGGAAAACACUGAAUCUGUGGCACCAAAGCUGGAAACAGUCGCUCCACAGAUCGCUGGAAUGUCAACCCCAACCCACGAAUUCCUUCUGGCAGACACCUCUGAAAAGGCAUGCAUUGAUCCCGCAAGUGGCACGCCAGAUAUUUUUGAAACGGCUUCACGUAACAGCUGGAACGCUGGUCCCGACGUCUUUAAUACUCGUGUUGCUCCACACCCUUUGACAGAUGAGUGCUCGUAUGAUGGCGAUUUAUGGUUCAUUAACAUGCACCAGAAUCUGCAGCGUAUUGCUACUGCCGUUCGUCAGUAUACCGAAAAUAUGGACGCUGGUAUAAAAGAUGAAUUUAGUCAUCAGACCAUGUAUAACGGCCCCGAUGAAGCUUGUGUUAGCAAAUCGACUUUUGACGCGAUAAAAGAUCGAAACCCUAACACUGUUGAAAUGAAAGACAGAAUUGAUCAUGACGAUGAUUAUGACAUCACGUUAGGGAUAUCAAGCGAGAAGGCAGUUCUCAACGUCGGUCGGAUUCUAAACCCAGCAUGUGAAGAAGAUCCUUGCUCAAGCGUGUCACGGUCUUCUCUCAAUACUGUGUCGUCUGUCGGUGUAAAACUGUCGUCUGUCGUUGUUGGAAUGUCGUCUGCCGAUGCGAAAAUAUCGAAUGUCAGUGGUUUUGGUUCACAUACAGUCCCAAGUUUUAUAUCCACGUAUUUAUCGUCAGGCAAAUCUGCCGAGAUGAGUGGACAAUUAUCGAAAAGGUCCAGCAACUCUAAUCGUGACGAUAAUGACGACAUCGUAUUUGGAGAAACAGGUGCACACACAUUUAACAAACCUGGUUAUAUAGAGAGCGCGCGCGUUCCGAUCAUAACCACAGCACGUGCAGACGACCCUUGUGUACGCACUACUAAACACGACUACGAUGAGGACAUUGUGUUCAAGGUAACUGAAGAAACGGACGCUCGCGCCCCCGGUUCUGAAAACAUUGUCUGCGUUCCGGAUAUAACCCAAGCAGUCACUACCAUCUCCCCACCAUCAUUUGAUACAGUGUCAUAUACCUAUGACAUGGAGUCUCCCUACGGUGGUCGUGAAGUCCCGCCGUCUUCAGACAGUACUUUGACGCAUGUAGUCCUCCAAGGAAGCAUCGCUAACACAUCCAGAAGCGUGUCGUCUUUCGACGAUCGUGAACUGUGCGAAUCGAGAUCCGCGUCUCCUGUGUCUAUCUAUUCAUCGCUGAGCAUCGAAAACAUAUCCGGAAGCCCCGGGAACAACGGCAGUCAGACAAGCGUCUGUGUGUGUGAUUGCCAAGAUGACGGUGACAAUGCCAACAACUCAUCGAGCGCUCGUGAGAUGAGAUCACUCAAAGACGCCUUAUCUUCUCGUCGGUCGCGGCCCCGGUGGUACCAGGGGUUAGCUUCUAUGGGCUUCCUACCAUCAAUUGUUGUCAGGAGUAAAUACACGAAGAUCACAAACUUUCCUGAAUUCAAUUCCGAAGAUGAAAGAAGACGGGAAUGAAACGUUACCUUUAAAAGUCUUUAAAUCAAUUACUAAUAUUUGAUUUGCGACAUUUUUACAGUGACUUAAUUCAUUUACAAUAUAUAUGUAUAUAUAUUGUUAUAGAAUUGUUAUAUUAUAUGUAUUGAAUAAAUGUGAACAAGCAA